AUGCAGAGCUACUUCCAAGGGUUUGUGCCCAUCCAUACCAUAUUCUACUCUGUGUUCCAUCCCACAGAAGGGUCUAAGAUCAAGUACGAGUUUCCCCCAAAUAACCUGAAAAGUCAUGGUAUCAAUUUCAACACAAUCAAAAAUUACAUCAUACCGAAGCCGAUACUAUGCCACAAGCUGAUCACUUUCAAGUACGGUACGUAUAGGAUCGUAUGCUAUCCCGUGACCAUCAACUCCCCGAUAUACGCUAGGAAUUUUUUCAGUUUUAACUUUGUAUUUGUGUUCCCAUAUGAUUGUGAGACGUCUCCAUACGAGCCAGCUAUCACUAGACUGGGCAAAAUGUUCAAGGUCCUGGAAGAGCAGAAUCAAUUGCUGUCCAAGUCAGAAAGAGAUCCUGUUUUUUUCGACUUAAAGGCAAUGGAAAACUCCUCAUUAACGCCCUCUACAGCUGGUCCUCCGGCGACGUCGAACCCUGGCAGCAACACUACACCAACGCAUCCCACCUCUGACAAGGACGCGAAGGAUCUAAGAGGUAACAGGUUCAAUGGCGAAAAGUACAAUGACAUAAUCAAAGAUUUGGGACUUCCGGAGUCCACAUUUUCCAUACAAGAUUUGUUGAUGAGAAUCUUUCAGGACCUAAAUAACUACUCCGAAUGCCUCAUACCAAUAGACGAUGGUAAUGCAGUAGACAUAAAGAUUUUCCCUCUAUUGAGACCGCCUACAACCUGUGUUUCAUUGGAAGACGUGCCCCUGUCGUCUGUAAACUUGAAGAAAAUCAUCGAUGUUAACUGGGAUCCAACCAUGAUGGGCAUAGUCCCAUAUAUCGAUGGUCUAAACAGCAUUGCGAAAAUCUCAAAACUCAGUCACAGUGAUCCAAGUCUGGUAAUCGAAUGUAUACGGCAUCUCAUAUACUAUAAAUGUGUCACAUUGUCAGAUAUUUUCCAGUUUUCCAACAUAUACGCCCCUUCUUCAUUGAUUAGAAAUUUUUUAACCGAUCCAUUAAUGGCCACUGACUGUCAGUCCUAUGUCACGUUUCCGGAAAUUUCUAAACUAUCAAAUCUACCCUUGAACAAGAAUUUUGACUCCGUUGAUCAAGAUUUAACGUCAUUUUCUGUGCGAAGGAAAUCUAAGUCCUCUAGUGUACCUUCAAACGUGAACUCCCGAACUACCUCAUUUAGUUCGAUCAGUAAAGUUUCUCAAAAUUCGUCUUUGAAUUCCUCCUUUUCAUCAGUUUCUAAAGAUUGGAGGCAUUCACAGACUUCUUGCUCGAGCACAAACAUGCAUGGUAUCAACAACCGAAAUCAAUUUUUACCGACAAGAUCGUGCUUGUUUGACCUGUAUAGAUCUCUCUCGCAGGGCCAAACGUUAAAAUCGUGGUAUGAGUUGAAAUUUACAAUUUUUAAAGAAAACAACAUUGAUAUAAGAAGGUUUAUAACUUUUGGCUUAGAAAGAAGUAUCAUAUACAGAUGCUACUCCUUCCCUAUAAUGCUACAUGUCGGCUCACGUGAUACAAAGGAAAUGACACCUAUUACUACAAAAGAAUCUUCAAAUGAGGAUAAGUUACUCAAGAAAACAGAUUAUAAUCAUUCCUUAUCCGUCACUGGUUCUAAAAGCACGACGCAAACCAAUAAUCAGAAAUCGGAAAGACCAUCAAAAGUUUCAUUUGAUAUGCAGAGAGCGAAUUCUUUGGCAACUGGUAAACAUAAGAUACCCAAACUCAGUGACGAGGAAAAAAAAAUACUUGAAAAUUCAGUAAGAWGUGCUGAGAAUUUUGAUAAGAUAUGCGUCUUACUAGGCAAAUCUAAACAAGAAGUGGAGAACUAUUUAAGCGAAAUGGGAGAGUUCAGGGUGAUCAAUAGCUAA